CUUCCAGGAUCAAGAUUGGUGGAGCACCUAACCUGCGAAUGCUGGGAUACCUUGAGCCAGGAGGGCAGGAAUUCAAUUUGGCUGGGAGCAAGGAGAGCAUCGUCCAGAUUUUGGGCAUAGAGGUGCAGUUCGGUGGGCGCAGUGUUGUCAAGAAAGUGCCUGGCUUUCUCAGAUGCUUCCCCAACCUGGAGACGCUCCACGUGCAGUCUCACCACAUAUCUGAAGAGCCCACCAGGAAGGUCAAUGUCAAGUUCUGGCUGCAGGGCGGUCCCAUCAAAUGCGUCGUGGAGAGCAUGAGGAAGGUGUUCUUGUACGAGUUCCGAGGGUCGAGAAGCGAGGUUACUUUCCUCAAGUUCGUCGCGGAGAGGGCUCGGGUGCUGGAGCAGAUGGUGGUCGUGGUGUCCACCAAAUCUUUCUCUCCAGGGGAUGAUGUGAGUGCCAAGCUGAAGCCUCUGACCAAUGCAAAAUGGGCGAGUAAAGCUUGCAAACUUGAGCUCUUCAAGAGCCCACCCGCUCAAUGCGGUGCGGCACCCAUCUGUCACAGGCUAGCAAAUGAUUUCUCGUUCCCGGACCCUUUUAACGUCAAAGAUUACUGUGAAGAAAGAAUCGCCGAGUUAACUGUAGUACAGUAGCACCCUGACUCUUGUACAAGACUACUGGUACCUAGCUAGACUUUGUGCUGCUGGACUUGGCAUUGGCAGCAGCUCAAAAACCUGCAUUUCGUGUGAUUUAUCUGGCAGGCCAUUUUUGUAUAGAUUGCACAUUCGCCAAGUCUUAUGAGGCCGGAUGCUUG